UCUAAACACUGAGCAGAGACUGUUACUCUCGACCCUCUAAAUAGCCUUGGCCUCGCCUGCCUUUUCUCCAUCCCGAAGAGAGAGAUUAGAGAGAGAAAGACAGAGAAGAUCUAAUGGAGUACGAGAGGAUUCACAAAGUCCAGACUGGUAUAAUUUCUCCAAGUAAAUUGAGGAUGAAGCUAAUGGGUCCUCACCAUCAGAGAAAGAAAGAUGGAUCAAAUAGUAAUUCUUCAAGAACAUCCCCUUCUAAGCUUGAAGAUUCUGAGUUUUUCAAGAACAGCUUGUUAGCCUGCAAUGAUGGAGAAUUUGAUGAGGAAGUUUCCAGUUUAGAGGUUUCAUCAGUGAAAUUGUCCGGUGGUGCUGUGUCGGAUGCCGGUCAGGACGAUCGGAAAUCUAGUCAUCCGAGGGAAUUUAUACAGAGGGAUAACGGCGAUGGUGGUCGCGUUAAAGUGCAACAAUUUUUAAAGACUGAUGGGGGUAAUUCAAGUUCAAUUCACCCAGUGAGAGCAUUGGAAGACGAAAAUCUUGAUUAUGAUAGUAAUGCUAGUUCAUCUAGCUUUGAGUUUCAUAAAGCGGAGAGAUCACUGCACAAUGCAAUGGCAAGGUCGCUGUCGAGACCUAUGUCAUCAAAGUGGAAUGAUGCAGAGAAAUGGAUAAUGAAUAGGCAAAAUGUGCAAGCUAAUUAUUCUAAGAAAACUCAUUUACAAAGUCAAGCAAAUCGGUUGCCUAUGACAAACAUGAUGAGGGUUGCUCCUGAUUGUGCUAGUUAUGAUCAAAAGUUAUCGAUUAAGCGGGUUGAUUUCUGUCAAUCCCAUGGUGCACACACCAUGGCGAGUCAAACAAAUGGGGCGAAUGCGUCAAUUGAUUGGUGUCCUCAAAGUAAGGAUUUGAAGGAAGUGGAUGAUAGAGACUUAUCUUGUACAAAGAGUUCCACAGCAGAUGCAGCAGUUGUAAAGGCCAUAAGAUCAGUUUCAAUGAGAGACAUGGGAACGGAGAUGACACCCAUUCCAAGUCAAGAGCCUUCAAGGACUGCUACACCUGAGGGGGCAACAACCCCACUCCGCAGCCCAAUGUCUUCGGUCCCAUCUACACCUCGAAGAGGAGCACCGGCACCCACACCUAUGGAGCACACCACCGAUGACGAAUCACAACGUGCAACAGAAAAUAGCAAAAAGGAAUUGUCAGAGCAAGAAUUAAAGCUCAAGACAAGGAGAGAGAUAGUAGCCCUUGGCGUCCAACUUGGGAAGGCGAAUAUUGCUGCCUGGGCAAGUAAAGAUGAGAAGGAAAAGAAUGCCUCUGCAGUCGAAGUCAGUGAGGAACUUAAAAGGAUCGAAUUCGAAGAACGUGCAGCUGCCUGGGAGGAUGCUGAGAAAUCUAAACACAAUGCAAGAUAUAAGCGGGAAGAAAUUAGAAUUCAAGCGUGGGAAAGUCAGCAGAAAGCAAAACUUGAAGCAGAGAUGAGGAGAGCAGAGGCACAAGUUGAACAAAUGAGAGAACAUGCUCAAGCAAAGAUGGUGAAGAAGAUUGCAAUGUCAAGGGAAAGAUCAGAAGAAAAACGGACUGCAGCAGAAGCCAGAAGAAAUCGACAUGCUGAAAAAACCGCAGCUCAGGCUGAAUACAUUCGUCAAACAGGUCAACUUCCUACAUCCCCUUUCGUCUGUUGUGGAUGGUUGAGAUAAAACUAGGAAACAUAGCAGAUAGGAUGUUCCGUUCUUAUACAACCACUUAGCUGAUGUAGCAUCUUCUGUAAUCCACCUUGGGUUCAUCUUUGUAGUGUAGUUAUGCAAUCCAUCCUUGUACUUACUGAACAACUUGAGUGUAAGUUUUUACAGAAAGUGAAUCAUGCAAUUGAUGUCUACAUUAUGACUUCUUCUCCUAAACCUAAAUGAUAUAAAUGUUACAUGAAUGAAUAUGAAAAAUGGUUGGUUGGAU